CCCGGAGCGGGGCCCGUGGAGGCGCGCGGGGAGGCGGCCGCUCCGGAGCUCGGGGCAGGGCAAGCGGGGAACCGGCCGGCUCCGGGGCGGGAAUCGUCGCCCUAAACUUCCUGCUCCGCGAUGACCGCUCAAGUGCUGGGAUUUUUACGCAACUGGACUCCCCUCCCCCUGGCAUCCCCGCGGGAUCCGGCCGCCGCCGCCAAUGACGCUGGCGACCCCGCUGCUCCGACGCCGGGCGGGGAGGGCGAGCCCCGCAGCCGGCCCCGCGACGCGCGCCUGGACAGCGCCGAUAAGGGGGGGAAGACCGAAAGCGCCGCCACGGGCAGCGCCCCGACGGCGCUGGGGACGCCGCGGGCCCAAGUUAUGGAUGCAGCGAGCGGCCCCCGGGGCCUCCCCAGGCCCUGCCGCGUGCUGGUGCUGCUGAACCCGCGCGGUGGCAAGGGCAAGGCCCUGCAGCUCUUCCGCAGCCACGUGCAGCCCCUGCUGGAGGAAGCCGAAGUCUCCUUCAGGCUGACGCUCACGGAGCGGCGGAACCACGCGCGGGAGCUGGUGCGCGCCGAGGAGCUGGGCCGCUGGGACGCGCUGGUGGUCAUGUCCGGAGAUGGGCUGAUGCACGAGGUGGUGAACGGGCUCAUGGAGCGGCCGGACUGGGAGACCGCCAUCCGGAAGCCGCUGUGUAGCCUCCCAGCAGGCUCCGGCAACGCGCUGGCCGCUUCUCUGAACCACUAUGCCGGCUACGAGCAGGUGACCAACGAAGACCUCCUCACCAACUGCACCCGGCUGCUGUGCCGCCGGCUGCUGUCGCCCAUGAAUCUGCUGUCGCUGCACACGGCCUCCGGGCUGCGCCUCUUCUCCGUGCUCAGCCUGGCCUGGGGCUUCAUAGCCGACGUGGACCUGGAGAGCGAGAAGUACCGGUGCCUGGGGGAGAUGCGCUUCACGGUGGGCACCUUCAUGCGCCUGGCUGCCCUGCGCACCUACCAGGGCCGCCUGGCCUACCUCCCAGUGGGCAGGGCCCCCUCGGAGGGGGCCCCCUCCCCGACGCGGGUGCAGCAGGGCCCCAGGGACGGGCACCUCGUUCCCCUGGAGGAGCCGGUGCCCUCCCACUGGACGGUGGUGCCCAGCCAGGACUUCGUGCUGGUGCUGGCCCUGCUGCACUCACACCUGGGCAGCGAGAUGUUCGCGGCCCCCAUGGGCCGCUGCGCGGCAGGCGUCAUGCACCUGUUCUACGUGCGAGCGGGCGUGUCUCGGGCCUCGCUGCUGCGCCUCUUCCUGGCCAUGGAGAAGGGCAAGCACAUGGAGCAGGGCUGCCCCUACCUGGUACACGUGCCCGUGGUCGCCUUCCGCCUGGAGCCCAAGAACGGGGAGGGCGUGUUUGCCGUGGACGGGGAGCUGGUGGUCAGCCAAGCUGUGCAGGGCCAGGUGCACCCAAACUGCUUCUGGGUGGUCAGUGACUGUGUGCAGUCCCCACCCAGCCGGGAGCCCUUGUGAGUCCUCGGGAUUUGUGCCUUUGUCUGCUGGGUCUGUGCUCAGUUCAGGACCCUCCCUCCUUCCCCAGCGCUGGGGGUGGUCUGUGCGACUCCUGGAGAAGAGCAGGCGGUGCUGGCUGUGCUUUGGGGAGGGCAGGUUCCGCCUGCCGACGGCCAGAAACUCAGCUGGCUGGGCCAGUUGCCUGGGGAAGGCGCUCGGUUCUGAGCCCACCCCACGAAUCAGAUCCGAAUAAAAUGACGU